GGCAACCUGCUGGUCAUGGUAGCCUUUCGUGUCAACAGCCACCUGCGCACGGUCAACAACUACUUCCUGUUGAGCCUGGCCGCGGCUGAUCUGAUCCUGGGAGCAGUCUCCAUGAACCUCUACACUGUCUACAUCAUCAUGGGCCGCUGGGUCCUGGGGAACCUAGCCUGUGACAUCUGGCUGGCUAUUGACUAUGUGGCCAGUAAUGCCUCAGUCAUGAACCUGCUGGUCAUCAGCUUCGACCGGUUCUUCUCCAUCACCCGCCCACUCACCUAUCGGGCCAAGCGCACACCACGACGGGCAGCAGUGAUGAUCGGCCUGGCGUGGGCCAUCUCCUUCAUCCUGUGGGCGCCCGCCAUCCUGUUUUGGCAGUAUGUGGUGGGGAAGAGGACCGUGCCCCAGCACCAGUGCUCCAUCCAGUUCCUCUCCCAGCCCAUCAUCACCUUUGGUACUGCCAUCGCUGCCUUCUACCUCCCCGUCACCAUCAUGAUCAUCCUGUACUGGCGUGUCUACCGCGAGACAGAGAACCGCACACGUGAGCUGGCAGGGCUCCUAGGCUCAGCAGGUGGUGGAGGAGGUGGGGCCCAGGUAUCCAGGCAACAGCCAGGUCCCUCCAGCAGCAGUAGCAGUGGGAAGACACAGGCAGAGAUGAGCCAAGGGGGGCAGGGGCAGCCCGGCUGCUUCACAGUCCCUCAAAGACUUCCACGGCUGGUGAGGGGGAGGAGGCAGAGGAUGCCUUCAUCUCAUUUGGAGCAGAGCUACCUAGAGCCCAGCAGCAAUGGCAGCUGGAACAUGGGAGAUGAGGAUGACUCUAGCACCUCCUCUUCAUCUGGGGAGGAGGCUGAGCAGGAUGGGAGGGGCAUAAGGGCCAUAGUAGGGUCUGUUCCUCUCAUUCAGGUGAGUGCAGACCAAAGAGAGGCAAAUGAAGGCCUGGAGAACUCCAGGGUCUCCAGGGAGCAAGAACCUGAAAUCUGCCGGUCUGGCAGCCAAUCUUCACUUGGACUGCCCAAGCCGUUGACCCCUGGCACCCCCACGCGGCCCAAAUCCAAGAAGAGGCGAAACACAACCCUCAUCAAGGAGAAGAAGGCUGCAAAGACGCUGAGUGCUAUCCUGCUAGCCUUCAUUCUGACCUGGACUCCCUACAACAUCAUGGUGCUGGUGUCCACGUUCUGCCACCACUGUGUGCCUGAUAAACUGUGGCAGCUGGGAUACUGGCUGUGUUAUGUCAACAGCACAGUGAACCCCAUGUGCUAUGCCCUCUGCAACAAGUCCUUCCGGGUCACCUUCAAGAUGCUGCUGCUCUGUCGCUGGGACAAGAGGAAAUGGGGCCGGCCUCACCACAGUGUCCCACCCUCUCUCCGGCCUCUCUCUUCUAGCACCGCCGUCUGACCCCGAGUCGCAAUCACCAGUACACAUGGCACUCUUGGUAAACACAA